AUGGGCGGUGCCAGGAGCACCCGGACGGCCCCAUUGCAGUGUAUCUCCGUGCUGGAGGGACGCUCCAAGCCCGUUCUCUGCGUGAACGGCACUGAUGAGCUGCUCUUCUCCAGAUCCAAAGACCAGAGCUGCAAAAUGUGGAACCUGGUGACGGGCCAGGAAAUCGCCUCGCUGAAGGGCCACCUCAACAAUGUGGUGUCCAUCAAGUACUGCAGCCACUCAGGGCUGGUGUUCACCAUCUCCACUUCCUACAUCAAGCUCUUCGGGUCAGGUGAUCUCCGGGGACGCCUGUGCCGGGACCAUGACCUGCACCAUCACCAGCGUGCAGGGCGAGCACUAGAUCAACCGAUCACGCUCAACCCCACCGGCAUCAUGCUCUACGCCGCUGCCAGGACCUCCGUCCGUAUCUGGGAACUCAACAGGUCUGGGCAGAGCUAG